GAAAAAUUCUCGAGAUUUUCCAGCAGAAGAGCCAGUGGCUGUUCUAGCUGCUCGCUCCCGAAACCAGAAAUAUCGGGGAAGGCAAUCUUAUUUACCCAGCAGGAAAGUCCCUUCCCCGCCCUCCGUUGACUAAUUAGAAAAUUUCCAGGACGUAACCAUCGCGAGUCACAUCAUUUUUCUUGAAGACAUUCCAUUAUUGUUCUAUUGACCUUUCCCUCAUUCCUGAGUCCUUUGGCGUUGAGUUAUGUCCACAGCUGCCUUAAUUACUUUGGUUAGAAGUGGUGGGAACCAGGUGAGAAGGAGAGUGCUGCUAAGCUCCCGCCUACUGCAGGACGACAAGCGGCUGACGCCCGCCUGCCACAGCUCCACUUCAGAGGCUAGGUGUUCUCGGUUUGACCCGGAUGGUAGUGGGCGUCCGGCCACUUGGGAUAAUUUUGGGAUCUGGGAUAACCGCAUCGAUGAGCCCAUUCUGCUGCCGCCCAGCAUUAAGUACGGCAAGCCAAUUCCCAAAAUCAGCCUGGAAAACGUAGGCUGCGCCUCGCAUAUUGGCAAACGGAAAGAGAACGAAGACCGAUUUGACAGCGCUCAGCUAACAGAUGAGGUCCUGUACUUUGCCGUGUACGACGGGCACGGCGGACCUGCAGCUGCUGAUUUCUGCCACACCCACAUGGAGAAAUGCAUCAUGGAUUUGCUUCCUAAGGAGAAGAACUUGGAAACUCUGUUGACCUUGGCUUUUCUAGAAAUAGAUAAAGCCUUUGCAAGGCAUGCCCACCUGUCUGCUGAUGCAACCCUUCUGACCUCUGGGACUACUGCAACAGUAGCCCUCGUGAGAGAUGGUAUUGAACUGGUUGUAGCCAGUGUUGGGGAUAGCAGGGCUAUUUUGUGUAGAAAAGGAAAACCCAUGAAGCUGACCAUUGACCAUACUCCAGAAAGAAAAGAUGAAAAAGAAAGGAUCAAGAAAUGUGGUGGUUUUGUGGCUUGGAAUAGUUUGGGACAGCCUCACGUAAAUGGCAGACUUGCAAUGACAAGGAGUCUUGGAGAUUUGGAUCUUAAAACCAGUGGUGUGAUAGCAGAACCAGAAACAAAGAGGGUUAAGCUCCAUCAUGCCGAUGACAGCUUCCUGGUCCUCACUACAGAUGGAAUUAACUUCAUGGUGAAUAGUCAAGAGAUCUGUGACUUUGUCAAUCAGUGCCAUGAUCCCAAUGAAGCAGCCCAUGCAGUGAUUGAGCAGGCAAUACAAUAUGGUACUGAAGAUAAUAGUACUGCAGUAGUAGUGCCUUUUGGUGCCUGGGGAAAGUACAAGAACUCUGAAAUCAACUUCUCAUUCAGCAGAAGCUUUGCCUCCAGUGGACGAUGGGCCUGAAUGCUUGCUGGGACUUCGAAUUUCUGUGAAACAGUUUUUCACCAAGUAUGUCAAGAAACUUACUAGAUCAAACUCAAAAGUCACCCGACACAGGGUGACUCUGUGACUCACUAGAUUAGUACACAGUGUAAAUGUCAGUGUAAGUCAGUGUAAAUGUCCUAACCAUUUACACUGUAGUUUUUCAUAAAUAUCUGUUAUAUUUAUGUUUAGCUGUACAUACUCAGUAUAAAUAUGUGUGUAAUUCAGUUAUUGUGAGUCUCGAAGUUGAGUGAGCAAAUGAAAAGUGGUUUUCACACACUUGCUGAGUGUUACAUUUCUAAUUUUUAAAACUCUUAGGCAGCUAUGAGUUUCUUUUGAUCAUUUUUGUUCUUUAUUCAUUUGAACGGAUUCUCACCUUCAGGUUUUUCAACAUUAGUAGGUAUUUUGACAGCUCUGCAAUGUGUUAGCUGCAAGAGUUUGUUUUUAAUAGUUCUACCAAAGAGUAAGUGUGAAAACAGAGUUCUGUGUGACUAUAUUUUGUAUUCUGGACCACUUACUAUUAAAUUUCACAAUGCAUAAGACAUUAAUUCAGAUAAUAUGACAUUGCUAAAGUAUGUGCGUAUUUACAACAAUGCACUUUCGUAUUUCAGCUGUGUCCCUUGGUCUCCAUUCUUCUUUUUUCUGUAGCUAAGAAUGCUAUACAGAUACACAGACUACUCCUUUAUAUCAGAAAAAUAUGCACAGGCUGUGUCUUUUGGUCAAAGCUAUACAAACUUAAAUACUGACAGCAUCAGGUAUUUUGUAUGAGGUUUCCAUUUGUUAUCUCUAACUUUGUGUUUUGUUAUUGUAUAUAGUAUGCUUAUAUCACUUCUUGUAUAGAGUAAGCAAGUUGGAUAAUGCAUCAGUAAAAAUAAUACCACACUGACUGACAAUGCUGCAUAGUGUGAGGUUUAUGUCUCCUUUUCGCUUAUUUCUAUGAUUCAUAACAAUAAAUCUAGAACAUUAUUCUAUAUUUCAGCUUGCUAAUGUAACUUAGGAAUGUAAAACUAUACUUCUUUAUAUCUGCAUGUACGUUUGCUGUUAAAAUGUGAAUCUCUACGUGCGUGUUUGGAAUUAUAUCUGCAGUUUAUUUUGGCAGACAAUGUAAAUUUCUUAUAUGUGUGGGUGUAUGUACAUAUGUAAAUUUUGGAGUAAUAGAGAGUUAAAGGGAACAAUCCUGCAUAGCUCCUUCACCAGUUAGCUUUAAAUUAUUGAUAAUGUUUAUCCCCAAGGACUCUUGACAAACAGAGGGCAGUUUUAUAGCAGAGAACCAACGGUUAUUGGCAGGUGAGGAAGUGAAUUUAAAAUGGCCGUAGGAGAUAUUUUAUGGUGGCUAAUUCCUGUGGAAUACACAGAAGCAGACUAGCAUGUUGAAGCUACAUUGCUGUAUGGUAAUUUGCAAAUAAAAUAAUAGGAUGUGAGGAAAAUACUGAGUGUUAAGAAUGAUAUGGAGUUUUGUUGUAGAAACAAACAAAAAAAGAAACCAAGAAGAUAAAGUUGGUGAGGUGUAUACCUUCCACUCUCAGUUUUCAUGGUCAACUUGUUUUCUGUCUUUAUGUUUUUAUUUAAAGGUUUGUUAGAAGGAAGAUGGCCCGAUAUAAAUAUUCACAUUUUCUUAUCUUUUGGGGAAUGGAAGAAUAUGAAUCUUGAGUUUUCCUGCAUUUAUUAAUCAGAAAUUUUCCUUUGAUAAAAAAAUUGACAAAGAAAUAUUUCAUUUUCACGGGGCACCCGGGUGGC